UGUGAGAAAGAGUCAACACAUGUACACACUUAAAGUUCACAAUUACUUGAAGCAAAAUGGGUUGGGAGUCACUCAUAGGGGACCAUUUUGGCUGGUGAAACCCACUCUGCUACCUGAUAAUGGCAUUUCCUCUUUCGAUAGAAUGAUUACCUGGGUGUAUUGGCAUGGCCACUUUAUAGGCAAAGAUAUGAACUGAAGCUCAGACUCAGGGGUGACCAAGUCAUUUGUCUUUGCUACUUGUGACAAUCUCUCAAUGACUCCCCUAAGAGACUCCACACAGGGGCUCCUGCUCCAUGACGUAGGAAGAUGAAUUGGAAAGAAGAACGGGUUGGUCAGCAAAUUGUGCCUUGAAGUCACAAGAUCAUCAAAUGUUUCGAGCCAGACAUCUACAAAAGUACUGGGGUUUGAAAAUAGAAUGACAACACCCAGAAAUUCAGUGAGUGGACCUUUCCCAACAGAGCCUACAAAAGGACCCCUCGCCAUGCAACCUGCUCAAAAAGUAAUCCCCAGAAGACCAUCUUCACUGGUGGGCCCCACACAAAGCUUCUUCAUGAGGGAAUCAAAGGCUUUGGGGGCUGUCCAGAUCAUGAAUGGCCUCUUCCACAUUUCCCUGGGGGGACUGCUGAUGAUCCCCACAGGAGUUUUUGCACCCAUCUGUUUGAGUGUAUGGUACCCUCUGUGGGGAGGCAUUAUGUACAUCAUUUCAGGAUCACUCCUGGCAGCUGCAGCAGAGAAAACCUCCAGGAAGAGUUUGGUCAAAGCGAAAGUGAUAAUGAGCUCUCUAAGCCUCUUUGCUGCCAUUUCUGGAAUAAUUCUUUCAAUCAUGGACAUACUUAACAUUACAGUUUCUCAUUUUUUAAAAAUGGAGAGACUGGAACUGAUUAAAACUCCCAAGCUAUAUGUUGAUAUCUACAACUGUGAGCCAUCCAAUUCCUCAGAGAAAAACUCCCCAUCUACACAGUACUGUAACAGCGUGCAGUCUGUGUUCUUGGGCAUUCUGUCGGUGAUGCUGAUCUCUGCCUUCUUCCAGAAGCUCGUGACAGCCGGUGUUGUAGAGAAUGAGUGGAAAAGAGUGUGCUCCAGGCCCAAAUCUAAUGUGGUUCUGCUGUCAGCUGGAGAAAAAAAAGAGCAGACAAUUAAAAUGAAAGAAGAAAUCAUUGAGCUAAGUGGAGUAUCUUCCCAACCAAAGAAUGAAGAGGAAAUUGAAAUUAUUCCAGUGCAGGAGGAAGAAGAAGAAGAAGCAGAAAUAAACUUCCCAGCACCUCCCCAAGAGCAGGAAUCCUUGCCAGUGGAAAAUGAGAUCUCUCCUUAAGCUCUUUUUUAAUAAGCAUUAUUGUUUAGAGAGCUUCCAAGACACAUAGUUACACUCAUCUCUUGUGGCCUUCCACAAUCUGUUCUCCAUAUUUCCACAGCUUACCCUUGCAUAGAGAAGCCACAUCUAGCUCUCGUUCACAUUUGAAGAAUGCAGUGAUUAUAAAGGACUGCCUUGUUUCUUGCUUAGGGAACUUUACAUUGGCAGAAAUGCUGAAGAAUUCUCAUUCACCUUUUCCUUGGAUGGGUGUCUCAGUAGUGGUAAUGCUUUUUCUCCAUUUCCUCCAUCAGCAGUUACAGCAGAGGGAAAAGACACACGACUCUUCCGUUCAUCUCUGAACUCUCUGACUCCUUCUAAAUUUUUAGUGGAGUCCCUUUUGCAUUAUUGUUUUAAGGAAAAUAACAAUAAUAAUAAUGAGAGGAAAUGAGCUGCCUAUAUGCCUGUGGGGAAGGCACAAAAUGUGACCUGUUCUUCAAGCUUCUGUAUCCCACUUGGGAAGCUGCAAAAGGCUUAUUCCUAAGCCUGUCUGUACAAAAAGCAUAGCUUACACAUAA